AUAUUUUGUUGGCUGUCAAAACAAUUUGUAUUUUUAUAUUCUUCGGCAAUUUUAUAAACAAAAGGACGAAAUUCUCAUUUAAUAUUUAUAAAUUGUUAUUUAGAAUACUAUUAGGUUCGGAAAAUUGUAUUAUUACAUAAAAAUUAUUUGGCAAAAUGAGAGAAAUCACGCAUGAAAAUAUGCAAUCAUUCUGUCGGACAUGCCUUGACGAACUGGGAGACAAGUCAUCACUAUUGGGUGAAAAAUUUAGCGUUGACGAGCAUGAAGAUAUCGAAAAACUUUUGGUUUUGUGUAAUUCAACGACAACAGCAGAUUGCGACGACCUCCCUCAGUACAUAUGCUAUAAAUGCCAUAAAAAAUUGCAGUUCUUUAAUGAUUUCCGUGAUAAAAUUAUGCAGUCACAUCUGAUUUUGAAGAAUAUUAUAAGGGAGCAUGAAGAUACGAGUAGAACUACGGAAGAUGAAAUAUUGCUGGACAGUGGUCAGGGUAGCGAAGAUCAACAGGAUAAUAGUGUGGAAAUAAGUGAUAUAGAAGUUUUUCAUGGAUAUACAUACUCAACCAGAAGUCGUGAAAAGCUACAAAAUUGUAUAGAAAAUACGGUGGUAAAAAUUCUUCAAGACCCUGGUGGUGCACACAAUGUGAGCAAAGAUCUUAAAGAGGAAAUAUUUGAUGAAGUUGCGGAAGAAAUAGAAAUAGAUAUAAGUGAUAUUAAAAUGAACGAAAAUAAUUCAUCAGACGAUGAAGAUACAUUGGAUGAUUUCGAAUUUUCGAGAGCAACGAAUGAUGAACAAAAUGUUGAUAGAUUACAACAUGUAGAUAUUUCUAUACAAACAACGGAUGUGCAAAACAGUGAAUGCGAAGAAGAAUAUAGCAAAUCAAGUAGUGGGAACGAAGAAUGUACACAAAAGUUCUGCACAAGAGGCAAUACGAACAGAACCAAAAUAAUAAAUCCAAAAGUGACACCUCAGAAGAAACCAAAGAAACUUGCGAGAGGUGGGAAUAAUUCACUGAGAAAGUCUCCUGCCAAACAAAGUAGAAGUAGUUUUUCUGAAGUUAAAUUUCAAUGUGAGCAGUGCCCACGACGUUGUGUAACAUGGGAAAAUUACGAAGCCCACCUGCGUACCCAUCAAGGUUUGAAGCCGUAUUCGUGUAAUGAAUGCGAUCGCAGCUUUAAUAGAGCAGCUCAUUUUCGUGCCCAUGUGCGUGAGGUUCACGGACCUGUGACACUGCAAUAUAUCUGUUCUUUUGAAGGAUGCGGGAAAAUAUUCAAGCGCGAAAAUACAUACAAAAACCAUUACCGCCUUAAACACACAGUAAUGCCAUAUGAAGCCCGUGAACCGAAAACAUAUGUCUGUGAGGACUGCGGCAGAACAUUUAAAAGCGUAACCACGCUCAAGGAACAUCGCUAUAAACAUGCUCCUGAGGAAGAUUAUCCAUUUAAAUGCGAAGAGUGUGGAAAAAGGUAUCGCUCUAAACGCACUUAUAAGGAUCAUCAAUUGCGACAUUCCGGCAUAAAAAAUUACAUUUGUACCUAUUGUGGUAUGAAAAAGACUACACAAAAUGAAUUGCGCGCUCAUAUUAAUUAUCACACUAAAGAGAAACAAUGGCCAUGUCCAAAAUGUCCAAGUGUCUUCAACAGUUCGGGAAAUCUCGGUAUGCAUGAUCGUAUUGUGCAUAAGGGCAUACGACCAUUUACAUGUAGGUUCUGUGAUCUCAGUUUUGGCAAACAAGACACUUUGAAACAUCAUGAAAUGAGGCAUACGGGUGAAAAGCCGCAUGGUUGUGAAUUAUGUGGCAAACGUUUUAUACAGAUUGUGGCGCUGCGAGCGCACAUGAAAACCCAUAACAGAGGAUUGACACGAAAGCCAAUAGUAUCGUCAGUCGCAGAACAGCCUUUUGAAACGAUUGAGGAGUCAGCAAUAGAAGUUGUCGAUUCGGAUUUGGAGCUACCUAGCUGCUCGAAACAUGCUAGUUGCUAAUAUUGUUACGAAAAUUGUAAUUUUUUCAUUACAUCUUUGUAAAUAAAUUCAAAAUUUCUUUUUAA